AUGGCCUUCUCACAUUCAGAGGUCACUCAGGCCAAAUUUCCUCUCGCCCCAAGAUGGCGAACUCUAGCCAUCAGCCGACGGUCAGCUGAGAAAUUCAUCCUCUUUGGAGUAUCCAAAGAGGAUCAUGAGAGGAAGUCCGUCGUUCAAGGUUUUGCCGCAAAUGCCGCAAAUAAUGUGGAGGAAUUUCUGGUGAGAGGAGGGCACUGGCGUAGCCAGCCGCCGCUUGCCGUUGCUCGCUACAGCCACGCCGCCGCAGCAGUAAAGGUGAGCGAAGAAAAAGAAGAGAAGAUGCUGCUUGGCGUUUUUGGUGGAUGGGGUGCUGGCUCUGAAGAAAUUGCCUCUUGUGAAGUCUAUGACUUCAGUCAACAGAGGUAA